CAUUGUUACAUUUUGUUUCUAUGUAUUACAUCUAAAACUUUGACAUUAUUGCCCCCUGCUGGUUAUCUUCCAGACUGCAGGUCAUUCUGUUCGCCUUCGACACAGACAGUGAAGAAACUGCUUGAACAGAAGCGCCAACAGCACAACCAAAUCCCUGCUGCCCUGGUUGAAUAUAGUCAGGAUUCAGGUAAGUCCCCAGAUGGGUUUCCAUAUCCCGUCCAGCCAGAAGAUGAGCCCCACGUCUUCCAAAGACCGACCACCCACUUUACCUACACCCCCCCGAUGGAGGACCUCUAUGGAGCCGGUGGACUGUACGGCCAUGACGGCAGAUGGGAUGAGAUCGGGAGGACUGAAGUUCAAGGUCUGGAGCCAGACUUAGGGACUGUUUCUACCGCCCACCCUUCCUACUUGCCCCCUUUUGCCCACGAUUCCUCCUGGCUGGCGUCGGUCCCGUGUCCGGUUUCGUCAGCAGACGUCUACGCCAGGGUUCCGGGCUGUGUGGUUUCAGAAUCAUUACCGCAGGAACUAGAGAAAUCCAGACUUCAGCUCCAGAACCUCAACCCGGACCAACUUCUUCUACAGGAUGGAGAUGGAGACACGAUCCUGCACCUCUAUGCUGCAAGAGGCAUGCGGAGCCUGGCUUAUGCCGCAGCUGAGCGCUACAUGCAGUAUGGCCAGCUGGACGUGAAGGAGCACAACGGGAAGACUCCACUCCUGGUGGCCGUUGCAGCCAACCAGUCUGAGAUCGUCUAUGACCUGAUCAUGCUGGGUGCGGAUGUCAGUGCUGCGGAUUGCAAGGGGCAGACGGCCCUACAUGUCGCCGGGACCUACGGCUUUUUUGAGGUCCUUAGAGUUUUCUUGGCUCUUUCGCAUCAGAAGAACCUUGACGUAGAAGCCAGAAAUUACGAUGGUCUGACUCCACUUCACUGUGCUGUAAUAGCUCAGAAUAACGCCUUCAAGAGCAAAAACGGCCAAAACGCUUCCAACGCCCAGCAGCAAGACCGAGAAGCCAUGUUAUGCGUCCAGCUCCUGAUCCAGAUGGGGGCCAACCUCACCAGUCAGGAAAUUAAAAGCAACAAAACGGUGCUCCACCUAUCCGUCCAGGCCGGGAACAUCCCCCUUGUGAAAUUUUUCCUUCAGAUGCCCCACGUUGACCUGGCCAUGUUCAUCAACAUGAAGGCUCAUGGGAACACGGCUUUGCACAUGGCCGCUGCCUUGCCUCCCAACCCUUCCACUGUGUACCUGAUCCAGCUCCUGCUCUUCCAUGGUGGCGAUCCGAGUGUGCGCAAUCUGGAGAAUGACCAACCGGCUCAUCUGGUGCCUCCGGGGGAAUUGUCAGAACAAAUCAAACUUUUGUUGAAAAAGAGACGCGUGACCUCAUCAAACCGCAGCCAAUCAGCAGCUUCCUCAUAGGAACCGCACAGAUCGGGGCUAAUUUUUUUUUAGCCCCGUAGUUGACAUCCUUCCACUGGUGGAAGAACAUGGAACCUCCAGCUGGUGGAUCCUGAAAUCCAUGGUCUUCCAUAUAGAUGGUGUUAUCAAGGCAUUAUUUAUUAAUACUAUCAAUCAGACGCAUGGUAUAUAUAUAUAUACUGGUUUCCAUGAAACUAUUAGCACCGACCCUACAAUGGGGAGCAUACCACAUAAAUAAAUUAAGACUCAAGCUUCAAGUUGAAAAAAAAAAAGGAAAAAACAUCUGCCACAUAUACAAGAGGAG